AUGUCCACAAAACAUCUUCGUCGAAUGAUGGAUGAGAAAGAGAAGGAACAGCAGGGUACAAGCAAGGAGUUAGACGAGGAUGUUCCAUGUUCACGCAUAUCAGGACCAGUGAACCGAUUCGCAGCCUUUGUUGAUGAUGAUGGUUUUGCUGAAAAGUCUGCCACAAGUGAUGAGGAAGGAGAGGUCAUCCAUGCUGAAGGCGUUAAACCUGCUAAACAAGACGUUUCACAUGCGAAUCUGAAGAAUAAAAGAAAAACAAAUAAGAAGAAAAAGAAGCAGAAGAAGGCAGAAGUUGAGGAACCUGACGAAGACCAGCUUUUGGAAAGGCUUGCUCUUGAAAACCAAUCUCUUGUGUCAUCGACGGAAGACGAGCCAAUAGGUGUGGCCGAUGUCCUUAAGCCAGACCCACGUUUGUACGAUGCUGCUGCUGAGCUCAAAAAAGCAUUGGGCAAAGCCUUCAAGGAUUCCGCUCCUGUAUCAAGUCGUUCUCACCGUAAAUUUCAUGCAGCUGGAAAGUUUGUUAAACAGAAAUAUAAUUGGCCUCCUGUACGGAGUAUUGGUCUAUCGAUGGAACUUGAUAGAGAGGAAGGUGAAGUAAAAUGGUUCAAAUUCGUUCAUAACGCGUACUACGAAAAACUGGAACGAGUAUGUUGGGUCGCUGAGGACUCCUUUGAUCCUUCAAUAAUCGAGCAAAUACUGGUCGAAAAUCCAUACCAUCUGAAUUCUUUACUUCUACUAGCUAAUGUGUUCAGAAUGCAAGAAGAUACUACACAGUCCUGCGAUGUAAUCGAACGAGGUAUCUUCUACUGCGAGCAAUCCAUGUCUUGUACAUUCCAACCAAGUUCUUUUUAUCAUCGCAUUGAUUAUCUGGACUACGAAAACAGAGCGUUCUAUUUGUUGUUGCAUAGAAAUAUGCUCAACUGUGUCCAGAGAAGAUGUUUCGAGACUGCGCUGAACUUCGCAAAGUUGAUAUUGACUAUGGAUCCACAAAGAGAUCCACUCGCUGUUCUUCUCCUAAUUGACACUAUAGCUAUCAAAGCUAAGCAAUACAAAUGGCUUAAGGAUUUCUACCGGUGUUGCAAGGAUUGGAAGAAUCUAGAUAUGCUUCCCAACUUUUGCUACUCAAUGGCCUUGGCACAAUUUUUGGAUUCGAAAACAGAUGAAGAUUUGAUUACUGCCGAUGAAAUGUUGUCGCAUGCUAUAUGUGCUUUCCCUGGUGUCGUUACUUUCCUGCUGGACAAAAUGCAGGUUGAACCUGAUGCAACUGUGGAGACACAUCGUCAUUUGGGUACUUUUGCGGCAAACAAAGAAACAGAUGGCUUGAAACUCGUUUUCAAAAUGUUUGUGAACGAAGCUGUUGAGCUAUGGAAAUCACCGGAAGCCUUAUCAUGGCUAGAAACUAUUACUAGGGAUUGUGCCCUAAGUAAGGAGUGUGAAAUGGAGAUGGAUAAUUGGAAAGAGAAGAGACAACGCGUCUUCGUAGGAGCACCACCGAAUAUACGUCGCCUUGCUGUACUACUUGGACUAGAAUCUUCCCCGAGUAGUGUUACGGAUCCUGUGCCUCCUGUAAAUGGACGAAAUAGGUAUGUCCGCGAACUUCCACGCGUUCACAGACCGGAUUCUUUCCUUUCUGGAUUCUUGCACUCUAUUUUGCCGGAGUUUGAUAGCGGUGAACAUCUUACGGAUGCGCUUCAACGACUAAGGGAUCAAUUACAACGUUAUAUUUCUUCAUCCAGUCCUGCUACCACCAACGCAACCGAUGAUCCACUUCAGGACGAUGAACCUGGUCCAUAA